AUGCCACUCUGCGACGAAUGCUCGAAGCCAAUAAUAGGCGAUAAGUUUGUCUUUAAUCCUGAAAAAAAUGACGGCAAGCAGUUUUGUAGCCAAAUUUGCUGUGAAAAUUACUAUGCUCCGAAUUGUAGCGAAUGUGGCAAAAAAGCUCGUUUAGGUUUACAUAAGAAUAAUAUUCGGAAGGAAAAAGAAAUAGUUGAAGAUGUAUCAACUGGCAAUUUUACCGGAGUA